AUGGCAAAGCAUCCAAGAAUGGUUCAGUACCUCGACAAAGUCCAAGGACUUUUGAAAGAAUUCCCUACUUUCACCAUCCAACAAGUUCCACGGGCAGAGAACACUCAUAAAGAUGCGUUGGCGAGCCUAGGAUCAGCACUGGACACCCACUUCAAACGCUCCAUCCCAGUUGAACACCUUGACCGGCCAAGCAUCGAAGAAAUAGAGCCGAUCGACUCAAUGCAGAUUGAUGAGGACCCCAGCUGGCAAGACCCCAUCAUCGACUACUUAGUGAAUGGAAACCUGCCAACGGAUAAGUCCGAAGCUAGGAAGGUCCAGCAGAAGGCCGCGAGAUACUAUAUGCACGGCAGCAAGCUUAUCUGUAGAUCAUACUCCGGCCCCCAUCUCACCUGCAUAAAGUCACUCGCCCAGAAAACUCUGAACGUAGGCUAUUUCUGGCCUACCAUGCGCCACGACUCCGCUGAAUAUGUCAAAAGAUGUGAUCGUUGCCAACGAUACAAGCCGAUCCCUAAUCUGCCUGCCGAAGUUUACCAUCCGCAAAACAGUCCAUGGCCAUUCAUGCAAUGGGCCAUCGACUUAGUGGGUCCCUUGCCACCGGCGCCUGCCAAGAAAGAAAUGAUAAUCGUCGCCACCGACUACUUUACUAAAUGGAUCGAGGCCGAAGCUCUAUCCUCUACUAAAGAAGCCGAUGUGGAGCGAUUCAUCUGGAGAAAUAUCAUCUGCCGGUUCGGCUGCCCACAAUCGUUGGUCACUGACAAUGGCUCACAGUUCAUUGGCAAGCAGAUCACCGCCUUCUUUGCGAAAUACAAGAUCAAGCAACACCUGUCCACUCCAAGGUAUCCACAAGGAAAUGGGCAGGCUGAGGCAUCCAACAAAGUCAUAUUAGACUGCUUGAAGAAAAGGCUAGAAGGCGCCGAAGGGAAAUGGGUGGACGAACUCCCCGGAGUACUAUGGGCUUAUCGCACCACCAAACGAAGGUCGACUGGCGAAACCCCAUUUUCCCUUGCCUAUGGAACUGAAGCGAUCAUUCCUCCUCACGUCAAUGUCCCCUCUAUAGGCAUUGAAGUCGGCAGUAUAGAGCAGAACUCCGAGCAGAUGAGACUCAACCUUGACUUACUUGAAGGCGAGCGCGAGAAGGCCAUUGUCCGAGUCGCCUCCUAUCAACAGCGGUUGAAGUCCUACUACGACAAAAGAGCCAAGAUCAGACAGUUUCAACCUGGCGACCUUGUGCUAAGAAAAGCCUUCAUCACUGCACAAAGACAAGGGUCUAAGAGAAAUAAAACCCAAUUGGGAAGGCCCUUAUGUGAUCAGCCGGUCCGGGGGCAGAGGAAGCUACACGCUGGACACCAUGGAUGGGAAGGAAAUACCACUGCAAUGGAAUGCCUACCAUCUCCGAAAGUAUUAUCCGUAAUGCUUCAUCCUGACUGCUAG